AUGGCCGAAGCAAUGGAUCCAGAAACCAAGCCUACAGCCGCGCCGCCUCGCCCGCCCACAGACCAGCCAGAUCCGAGCUUCUACAACUGGCGCACCUUCUUCUCGAUCCUAUCAGGACAAGCGACGCCCGAGGAACGGCGACAGUACUUCCUGAACCGCGACACGAUCAACGAGGACCGCGACAUUUCGCGCGUCGAGGCGCACCGCGACUGGGCCUUCAGCUACUCGCCAGUCGUGCGCUUCAUGCGUGAGGAGAUUCAGAAGCUCGGUGGAGACAUCGGUCCUCACAAUGUGCGAUGCCGCCGCUGCACCACGCCUCAGGGCGGUGGUAUUGAUCAGGACUAUGGCGUACUGAUCUGCGCAAACCAUAUGCGCAACAGAGGGCAUGUCGAGGAUACGAUUGCACACGAGAUGGUGCAUGCGUAUGAUUAUCUGCGCUUUAAGGUUGACCGGUGGAAUUUGAGGCACCAGGCCUGCACUGAGAUCCGCGCUUCGACACUGAGUGGAGAGUGCAGAUUCACUCGCGAGUUCUUCACUAGGAACCAAUGGCGAUUCACAAGCCAGCUGCAAGACUGCGUCAGGCGGCGAGCAACUCUCUCAUUGAUGGCCAGACCAGGCGUCAAGGAUGAUGUUCACGCCGCGCGCCUAGUUAAUGAGGUGUGGGACAGCUGCUUCGUGGAUACGAGGCCGUUUGACGAGAUCUAUAGGUAA